GGGCUGCGGACGGCGCAGGGCUGAAUGGGCGCGAGCGCGGCGCCCGCUGCGGGCGGGGACGCGCGGCCCGGGCCGAGCGGCGGGCGGGCGCCGCAUCCCUAACAUGAGCGCGAAGCGGGCGGGCGAUGCGAAGCGGCGUCCCCUGCUGCCGCGGACCGAGGCGGAGGCUGCGGCGGCACCUGCCGGCCAAGCAAUGCAAAGUGAGUAUAAUGAUGUGAAGUUGAUUAGUGAGUGCUCCAAAUCCUCCCUGCAAUGGUGCAUCCGAGCUCAAAACAAGAUGAGAAGACCCAACUCGCUGUUAAAAGACAUUCUCAAGUGUAUAUUGUUUGUGUUUGGAGUAUGGAUCCUUUUCAAGUUAAAUUAUACUACUGAAGAAUGUGACAUGAAAAAUAUGCAUUAUGUGGACCCUGACCGCAUAAAGGGAGCUCAGAAAUAUGCUCAGCACAUCUUGGAGAAGGAAUGCCGGCCUGGGUUUGCAGAGAGGUCCAUGGGAACGUUGUUUGAGCACAGGUACAGCAUGAACUUAGCACCUUUUGUGAAGAGAACCCCCCAAGCGAAUGAAGCCGAGUACAAAUACGAGCCUCCCUUUGGAUUCCGGAAGUUCUCCCAGGAAGUACAGACUCUCUUGGGACUCUUGCCUGAGGAUGACUUCCCUGAACGCUUGAAAGCAAAGAGCUGUCGGCGCUGUGUGGUGGUCGGCAGUGGUGGGAUUCUCAAGGGACUAGAGCUGGGUGAGAUCUUGAACCAGUUUGACAUUGUCAUAAGGUUAAACAGUGCACCCGUUGAAGGCUUUUCAAAAGAUGUUGGAAAUAAAACCACCAUAAGGAUGACUUAUCCAGAGGGCGCCCCACUGUCUGAUCUGGACUAUUAUGCCAAUGACUUGUUUGUUACUGUUUUAUUUAAGGAGGUAGACUUCAAGUGGCUUCAAGCAAUAAUAAAAAAUGAGACCCUGUCAUUUUGGGUGCGGCUCUUCUUUUGGAAGCAGGUCGUGGAAAAAAUCCCUCUGCAACCAAAACAUUUCAGGAUUUUGAAUCCAGUUAUCAUCAAGGAGACUGCCUUUGACAUCCUUCAGUUUCCAGAACCUCAGUCAAGGUUCUGGGGCCAAGAUAAGAAUAUCCCCACAAUUGGUGUCAUUGCCGUGAUCUUGGCCACACACCUGUGUGAUGAAGUCAGCUUGGCGGGCUUCGGCUAUGACCUCAGCCAACCCAAAACCCCUUUGCACUAUUUUGACAAUCAGUGCAUGGCCGCCAUGAACUUCCAGACCAUGCACAAUGUGACCACGGAGACCCAGUUCUUGCUGCGACUGGUCAAGGAGGGCGUGGUGAAGGACCUGAGUGGGGGCAUCCACUGAAUUCUGAACAGAAGCCUCGCCGGAAGGAAGGCCUUUCCCAACCUUCUCCAUGCGUUCUUUCUGCUCCGUUCUUGGACUUGCAGCUGUGAUUUUUAACUUUGUGUUUAAAAACCUCCCGAACAAGAAACAAUUUUAUUCAUCCCAUUUUUUUUAUUGGCCCUACUUCCUUGAAACCAGUGUUUUUGCACAAAAUUUUGUAAGCUAACCUUGCGGAUUGGCUGUGAAAGACUUUUCAAAGUGAAUGACAUCUGAUGGCGUUUUAUGGUAUUUUAAACAAAUUAUUUUAUUUGUGAAGACUCUUGUCUUUGUCUGCUGUGCAUAGGAUGACAAGGAGUUAAAUGGAAGGAGAAGGAAGCAGUUUGGUCCAGAGGGCCUGGCUGCAGUUCUGUGUUCCUACACUUGGGGGAGCAAGAUGGCUUCUCUGUGGCUAAGCCAGCGGUACUGGACCAGCACCAUGAGCGGGGCUGAUCAGAGAAGUCUGCUGCCUCUCUCUGUGGCCUCUGUGGCUCCUUGGGGAAGACUGCAACCCAUAUAGCAAAAUAGUAUUCCUCUGGUCUCAUGUCUUAAAUGUCUCUGUGGAUACUUGCAUUUUGCUUUUGAAAACUCUCUUUGUUUAAAGAGAAUGCACUUGGGCCAAGGAUAUGGCUUGUAUGUGUGAAGCUCAGUUGGAUCUCUGGCAACGAGAGAGAGAGAGAGAGAGAGAGAGAGAGAGAGAGAGAGAGAGAGAAUAUGCUUUCAUAGUCUUACCACUUUUGAUGACUUAAUUUGAAUAUUGGGACUCAGACGUGUGGUCCAUGGCUGUCCUAUGGCUCAGGCAGGACCACCAGGCCUGUAGUGUACAUCUCAGUGCCAUCUCCAGAGUAUACUCAGAGUAGGCCAGCAUUUAAGACCAGGGUUUGACACACCAACUCCCCAGUAAUUGAGUCCAUAUCAUAAAGUCAAGGGCUGUGAAAAGCUCAACCCCUUUUCCUAGAAUUGGGCCUUCGUCCCUUGUCUCUCCAACUGAUGAGUCUCAUGGUGGGUGGUGUGGGCUGGCAGAGAGGUCCUAGCCAGAAGAUAAGGUGAGCAGUGGCUCUCAAUGUGGAUUAUUAAUUUUAAUGUGGAUAAAGGGGCUGGAGUUCUCAGUUUUGUAGGAGACAGGAGUUAGGGCUUUAAGUUUGUUAGCUGUCUUUCUCUGGGUUGGCAUUUCUGCUGGAGAUAGAGAUUGAGCCUCUUUUUGCCUAGAUGCUUACUGCCCCUUAUUUUUUCAGUAGGACAAGACUUGUCUGCCCCUGGGGACAUUUUCUGUCCCUGUCACCUGAGCCUCUCAAGGCUGUGGGAUGUAUUAGCCUGGUGCUUCAAAAAAUGCUGGUCUGAUCCCAUCUCUCUCCCUUCUUUUCUGUGUGACCUUAGUGCAGGCUCUAUCCAGGCCUCUUGACUUUCAUUCACUGGCAGGUAGUAAGUUCCCUAAUCCUAGCAUCUUAAACUGUGGGUCCUGGACCCAUAUGGAGUCACAUAACUGAAUGUGAAGGAUCGUGAAAGUUUGUUUUAAAAUAAAUUUAUGAUUUAUUAUUAGUCAGUGUUUGAUUUAGUUCUUAUGCCUAGGGCCAUGUGAAAAUUUCUCUGGCAAAAGGAAUCACAAGUAGAAAAGAUUUAAGAAGCUUUAAGUGAAUAAAAGGUGCAUUUUUUUUCUUUUUAAUAGGAUAUUCUACAAUUUAUUUAAUUAAUUUAUUUGGGGGGUGGGGCCACACCCAGCAGUGCCAGGGGUUACUUCUGUCCCUGCACUCAGGGAUCACUCCUGGCAGGGUUCGGUGGGCCAUAUGGGGUCCUGGGGAUUGAACCCAGUCAACCACAUGCCAGGCAAGAGACUUACUUACCCACUUAACUGUUUCUCCCGCCCCAUAAGGCGUGUUUUUCAGAGACCUUUUAUGGAGUCCACCUGCCAGUCAGAACAGAGCUUUUAGCACUUAACAUUUUGGGGAAUUUCCUUCUCUGCUUCUAGAAUGCUCCUAGACCCCACCCCCAACCCAGCAGCUUUUCUGGAAAUUCUUCUAGGAGCGCCAGGGUAGCCUGACUGAGUUCAGAAGCCGAGGGUUCACCAGCCCUCCUCCAACUUGGCCUAGUUUUAUAGGCCUGCACAACUUUCCUCCAACAUGGAUGGAAUCACUGGUUUUGAGGCAACUUAGGACAAUGUACCUGUUUUCUGUAUCUGAUGUUACUGGAACUCUGAGCCACUGAAAAUUUCAGUCGGUUUUUUAAUUUGUUUUCCUUAUGGAGAGCAUAUUCUUUCCAGAAACUCAGGCCGGCCAUGGAAUAACAGGAACUGCAGUGACUUAUGCCCUUAUCACCUGUCUUGUAUUUUUGGAGCUAAAAUCGGGGUAUUCUGAAUGACCUCUUGGGUUCUAGGUGUUGCAUUACCUUCUACCCUACUCCUCCGUGUCAUGCUGUUUUCAUUUCAUUUUCCAUAAAUGUGUAAUAAGGUGUUAAUUAGCUGAAGUGUGUCUAUUUUUAAUGAAUUUGAAGGAUCUCAUUAUUUGUUGAACCCAUCACUUAAAGUAAGCAGUGACAGAAGAAGUUAAGGGAAGAAGGAAACAUCUUGCCAGACACCAAAUGAUGUUGGGACUGAAGAGAGAGCCACAUUGGUUUGUUCACUCUCACGCAAGGCAUCAAAGUUCACUCAAAAUGAAUCAAAGGCUUGGAUGGGAGCUUCAGGACCAUAAAAUACAGCAGAAAGCACAGGCCAAAUAUUCCAAUCUUGGUUUCAAUGUUGUCUUCAGGGAUUUGACUCCAUCAGCAAAGAAAACGAGCAAAAUCAACUGGAAUCUAUCAGCUUCAAUCUUUACAGCAAAAGGAGCAAUCACUAAAAAAAAAUUCUUCUGAAUAACAGAAUAUUCGCACAUCACACAUCUGACAAAGGGCUACUUGUCCAAUAACUACCUAUAAAGAACUCAAGGACAACAGAACAAACUACCCCAUGGAAAUGCCACAGAAGAGCGAGACAGAUAUGCAGAUGACCUAAAGGCCCAUGAUGAGCUCAUUGUCACUGGUCAUCAUGGACAUAAAAAUCAAUAUGCCAGUGAGAUUCUACCUCACACCUGUAUGAAUGGCCUGUAUCAAAAGGGUCAGAAAUGAGUGUUUGGCAGGAGUGUGAAGAACUUGCUCUCAUUUUUUAUUGCUGGGAAUAUAAAUGGAUCCUUUUUUCCAAUCUCUAUGGAAAUGAACUAUGGAGAUUUCCAAAAAAUCAAAAAUUAAAAAAUUAACUAGAGCUACCAUAUGAUCCAGGUAUUUUACCCCUUGGUAUCCAUCCCAGUAACUGAAAGACCAAUGUUUAAAAUUUGCAUGCACAUCUGUGUUCAUUACAGUACCAGACAAGAUACCAAAAACCACCCAAAUGCCUGAUGACAGAUGAGUAGUUACAGAAGAUGUGAUCUAGAUUCACAGUGAAAUUCUAUUUGGCCAUUAGGAAAGAUGAAAUCUUGCCUUUUACUCCCACAUGGCUGGAAUUUGAGGGGCUUGUACUAAGAGAAAUAAGUCAGAAGGAGAAAAACAAAUACCAGGUGAUCUCCCUCAUACGUGUUAUACUCAAAAAGAAAGCAAAGAAAUAGCCAGUGCUGAAGAGAAGCUAGCCUGAGAAUCUGAUCACAGAAUUGAGGUUACAGUGAGUUGUGUGUUUGGCGGUGAGGGUGGAGGUGUCUGUGGGCUAAAGGGGCCCUGGGACUGUGGUUGAGGGAGAUUGAUACCAUGGAAGGGGGUGUAAAAUGGCACCAUUGAAUCACUUAGUUACAUAUUUAUACUCUGUAAACACAUAUUACCUCAAUUAAAAAUAACUGCUAAAAAUGGAAAAGCAAAAAUAAGUCACACCAGCAUUUUCUUUUUUCUUUUGGUAUGUGUGUGGGGUGCGGAGGGAACUAUAUCCUGUGGUGUCAGGGGUCAAACCACAGUCCCACUCAUUCAACACAUGUGCCCCUCACCUUGUACUAUCUCUCUAGGCCCUCAAUUGCUAAAGUUUUUUAAAACCAAGAACCACUUUUGUUUAUCUCCUUCCCAACCCCAUCACUUUAGGACUUGAGGCCCAAAAAAGAUUGUAGAAUUGACCUUAUUCUGCAUCAGAAGAAUCUCUUAGACCCACAUUGUUGGAAGAUUAAGAAAUGAUAGUUCCCCUUUUUAUCAGGUUUAUAGGUUUCUGUUUCUGUUUCUCCCAUUCUUCUUUGGGGUAGUCCCAUCCUCCUCAGUCAUCAAGUCCACUGAAAGAAAAAAAGAGUUUCUGUGAUUCAGCAGAACUCACCUUUUGAUUAGAGUCUUUUGUCUGACAGUAUGAGUUGCUACGUAUGAGAUGUGUAUCCUUUGGGCCUUUCUUCAUUUGCAUGUAGAAUAAAACGCUUCCCUUGUUUGCUGCCCAUGGGACCAACCUCUCUUCCCACACACCGUCCUCUCCACCACAUGCUCUUGGCUCCAGAAAAGCGCACCAAGAGAAAGAAGCCGAUCCCAGAAUAUGGUGUACCCCCCAAAUGUGUUUCCUUCCAUGGAGACUAAGACCCCCUCACCAACCUUCUCAAUCUUUCACCUUUCUUACUCCCCAUGGACAUUUUAGACCAUUUUAGACCAUUUUAGACCAUCUAUACCAUUUAUCUUCUCAGAAACAAGGGAUUUAUCAGUAUAUACCGACUGCCUAUAUUCAAACCUGGACUGAAGUAAACAGGGAAGGAGAACUACUCAUUAAACCUACCACACAAAGGUUAUUGCAUACAAGGUAAUUUUCUCAAAUGGAAAUGACAGCAGCCUUGAUAAAUUGAACAUUUAUUAUCAGAAUGAUUUGAUUUGAUUAAUUCCCAAUAUCAAAUGUCAACCAUAUGCAGAGAAGAAAAGCAUAUUGGCAGGCUAUGGUGCCACAAGAAUACAUGGUAUGCUUUGAAAUUCUGUUGUAACUUUUUUAAAAGCAGAUUUAUCCCAUGUGCUGUGUCAAUAAAAACACAUCGGAAAGAAGA